GCAACCGACGAGGCGGCCAGCAAGGCUGCCAAGAAGGCGGCCAACGAGGCAGCCGCCGAGUCCACCCACCAAGCAGCCAACCGUUAUACAUUCAGUGACUGUCGGCGCAAGUCGCGCCGCCAGCCCCGCGCUCAACUGCGCGACAUGGACCAGGCAGCUGUGGCGGGUGCGUUGCAGUCGGCCGACGUGGCGGAGCUGCUCACCUCCGUGGACAAACAGAGACUCGCAGCUGCGGUGGUGGCAAAGAGCACUGUUGGGGAGUUGUCACCCCCGGGGCAGGCAUGCCAAGCUUGCCCGCACGGCCAGUUGUGCUACGCCCAAGCCGUGGCCGCUUGUGUCCUCGACGCUGAUGGGCUUCGCGAGUAUACCCAUGUCCCCGUCCGAUGCCGCGCCGCGGGGCGCGCGGCGCGCGGGCGGUGCCAGUGGGCGAACUUUGUGCCCAUUAAGAAGGUGGCUCACAGGUAUUCGCGGGCGCGCAAGGAGUGGCCAGACCAUUUCAUGCCAUCGCCAACGUUUGGGAUUAAUCAGACUUGGCUCCAGCAGUUCCCACGGCGUCUGGCGCACCAGCACACUUCGUUCUGGAGAGAGGCCGAGGUUCAUUGGUGGCCUGGCUCUGGCAUGUCAAAGAAGCGCAUGCACAUGAAGCUCAUGAAAGCGUGGUACCUCAUGCGGCUGUUGACGCAUUUGGCGGAGAUCAAGGGGGGGCAGCGCGAGCGCUGGUGCGCGCGCCACGCCGGCUUACUGGACAAACCAGCGUUGUUCGAAGGACGGGAGCUGUACGAGUGGUUCCCGGCAUUGCUGGGUGGGUGCUGGGGUGCCGCGCAGUCCACGCUGGUCGCCCGAGCUGCGGCUGCCGCGAAGGAGAAGGCCGCGGGGGCGCCGGGCGAAGUCGAGCCGAAGGUGCCGGUGCCCAGUCUCCGCCUCAGAAAACGGAAAGCACCAGCGGAGCUCCACCUGGCCACGCUUGGCCCCUCGGCAGCAGCAGCAGCGCCGCAGGAAUCAGAUCCUGCGGCGCGCGCAGACAGCGCGCCCGCGCGGCCGCGGAAACGGCGGAGGAUGGCGUGUCCUGCGCCGAGCUGCAGCGAGGGCGACGCCACUCGAGCCGCGUUGGCGCGGCCUGCCCAGACGCCCGCCGACGCCCCGGGCGCGCCGCUUGCGGAGGACGCAACACUCAGGGAGCUGCAAGAGAUCUCAUGCAAAACCCACAAGAGCUACGCCAAGGGAGGGAAAUGUGGACAGCUAGAGCCUUUUUCUUUGGCCGUGCGGCGAACUGGGUGGUUCCUGGUAGCGUGCUCGCCCGCCGGGCACAUCGUGGACGCUCAGGAGUUCUACGGCGUCGAAAGCCUGGCGCAGCGAUAUUGCUUUUUGGUAGAGCUCAAGCAGCGUUUACCGGGCUCGAGCGUCGUCAUCCACGACGACGCCUGUCAUCUCCGCAAGUACUGCACCAAUAG